CUGCAGUGCACACAAGCGAUGCACUGAAAAAGCGUUCGCAAAGCACAACAUAUGGCGAAUUACUACCAAUCGGUGCGCCGGACACUCGUUCCCCACGAGCGGCGGCUAUGGACCGUCCUGUGGACCCAAUACUCGCCGACGGCCUUCGAACUCGACUUCACGGGCAAGAGUUGGGCGGAUCCGCCUCUCGUCGGUUGUCCGCACUUUGAGCCCAAAUGGAACCAAUUGGACGGCGCGGUCGACCGCCGCAGUCAUCACAGCCACUACGAGGUCAGAGACGGCUUUCCCAUUAACCCGUUGGGCAGAACUGGACUCCGACUGCGCGGACGUCUCGGCCGUUGGGGUCCGAACCACGCGUUGUCU